UACAAUGUACCGUAAAGAGCUUUUCGACCACAAGUUCUUCGAGUCUGCUAUACUUUGAAUUACUACAAAUUUGGAUCUGAAGUAAAUCACAGUGAGAAGAUCGGAGGAUCCAACAAGUUUUAAUGGAUCAUGAUCAAUCGGCAACACCACUUCCUCCUCACGUGCUCGUCUUCCCGUUGCCGAUUCAAGGCCACGUGAACUCCAUGCUAAAGCUAGCCGAGCUUCUCUGCCUCGGCAACUUACAUGUGACCAUGCUCGUCUCCGAGGAUAACCACGCCCGCCUCCUCCGCCACACCCAUAUCCAUUCACACUUGGCUCGGUAUCCCGGAUUUUGUUUCAGGACUAUUCCGGAUGGCCUCCCUGAGGACCAUCCGCGUGCCGGUGGGCCACUUCGGGAGAUUUUUUCUUCUAUAAAGUCCAUCACGGGGCCACUAUUCAGAGAUAUGAUGAUAGACACCAAUUGUUUGGGUACGGAAACAAGGCGGCCUGUGACAUGUAUCAUAGCAGACGGGAUCCUGGGUUUUGCUGGUGAUUUUGCUAUCGAGAGGGGAAUUCCACUCAUCUAUUUUCGCACUGCCAGUGCUUGCUCUUUUUGGGCUUUUUUUUGUUUACCUCAGCUCAUUGAAGCUGAUGAAAUUCCCUUGAAAGGAAAUGGCAUGGACUUGCUGGUAAAGAGUAUACCAGGCAUGGAGGGUUUUCUACGACGACGUGACCUUCCGAGUUCUUGCCGUGUCGACGAAGUUAAUGAUUCACAUUUGCAACUCUUCAAAGUCCAGACCAGACGAACCACUCGAGCCCAAGCAGUGAUAAAGAACACGUUUGAUGAGCUAGAAGGACCCAUACUCUCUCAAGUACGCGCCCACUGUCCCAAUCUCUUCUCCAUCGGACCACUUCACGCGCACCUAAAAGCCAGACUCGCAGUAGAGACCAACUCUUCCCCAAACUCUUCAAGUAGUUUCUGGGAAGAAGAUCGAAGUUGUUUGACGUGGCUCGAUUCCCAGCCGUCCAAAUCUGUGAUCUAUGUCAGCUUUGGAAGUAUCACGGUAGUGACAAGAGAUCAACUGUUGGAGUUUUGGCAUGGUCUAGUAAAUAGUGGACAACGGUUCUUGUGGGUCAUGCGACCGGACUCCAUCGCCGGAAAAGAUGAGGAGAGUCAGAUUCCGAUUGAGCUUGUGGAGGGCAUGAAGGAAAGGGGUUACAUGGUGGGAUGGGCCCCACAAGAGGAGGUUCUGGCCCACCCAUCUGUUGGUGGAUUUUUGACUCACAGUGGGUGGAAUUCAACUUUGGAGAGCGUUGCCUCGGGUGUGCCAAUGAUUUGUUGGCCUUACAUUGCUGACCAGACUAUUAAUAGUAGGUUUGUUAGUGAAGUUUGGAAACUUGGUUUGGACAUGAAAGAUACGUGUGAUCGAGUCCUAAUUGAGAAGAUGGUCAGAGAUCUGAUGGAUGUCAGAAAAGAUGAGUUUCAACAACAAGCGAAUCAGAUGGCAAAGUUGGCCAAAGAAGCUGUGAGUGAAGGUGGCUCAUCAUACUCUAAUUUGGAUCGUCUUAUUGAGUAUAUAAAAUCAAUGAUAGAGUGAGUUAGGGGGAAAGAUUGUCGGAAUAUAUAUUUUUUAUUUUUAUGAAGGGGGUAUUUGUGACUAAAAAAGUACUAAAUAGAAAGUCAUGGAUAUAAACUCCCUUUGAAUUUUUUUUUUACACAAAACACCCCUCACGAAGGGUAUACUCAACUACUUCUGAGACCAAAAAAUGCCCCUUAUUUACUGAUA